AUAUAAAGUAAAAAGUUUAUCAAUUACCUAUAAUGAUAAUAAUAAUAUAACAGUUUCGUAACUAUUACCAUUUGCUAACGUCCAUGAAAUAGGCUCACGCACUUUUUAGGAACUUUUUAAAUUCGAAGGGUAACGUAUGGCAUUAACUAUGGCUCUAGAAGAAAGUGCCUCGGACUCUAAGCUGCACAAGGAGAGUUUGUCUAAAAAGGAACUGCGGCCGUCGAGCGCUGUAUCCAUUUCGAAAUCCGAGCAUGGCCCAGGUGAAUCGUCUUCAAUAGACCAACUAAAACAAUACAAAAGUUGGGUGACCAACGAAAGGUGGAAUGAACUCAAAAAAGUUGCUGAGACAGCAAUGAAGCAACGAAAGGUAUUCAUGAUAAAGGGAGGAGGGUUCCCAGCAGUACGACGGGCACUUAUUGAAAGAGGAUGGGUAGAAAAAUACGAGUCACACAAGGCCCGACAUCCACCCACAAACAUAGAUCCAAAAAACGCUUCAGGCAAAGAGUUAAGUAAAGUGGAAAGGAUGAUAUUGUUCAAAUUUAUGGAACACCAUGCGGUAGACUUUCUCUGGACAACAAAAAGAGACAAAUACGAUUGGCUUCUUAGCAACAAGGAUGUUUUAAUUAGCAGGUUUUGCAGAUCCAUAUUUACAACCAAAGAAGGUUUAACGUCUUCUCUAAAUCAAUUGCACUGGUACACAGAACCAGGAGUUGCGAUGACGAAGUUCCCAAGGUGUUACAAUAUUCACAGCCCAGAAAGUCUAGAAGAAUUCAUCGAUGACUUCAGGAUCACAGCUUGCAUCAGCCUAUUGAAAUGGCUCAGUAGCGUAAUGCAGAAUGAAGAUGAAAAUAAUAUGAUGUCGUCCACCGGGAAAGUACCUUUAUCGGCAAUAGAAUUCUCUAUAUCGAGAUUAAACGAAUACAUCGCCUUCUUUACCCACAAAGAUAUUGAUGACACGGAAGAAGCGCAGCAUGUAUGGGAGCACGAAUGGGACAUAUUCUUAACCCACCACUAUCUUCUUGUUCACGAGGGUGCGAAAUUUGUAGAAGACAGGAAUCUAAAUUUAAGAAACUUGGAGCGAAAAGGAGCUAAGGUCCUUUCGGUAAUAUCGAGAUACUGGCCCCAGAUGGAUAUUGAUGGCGUCUACAAUAUUUGGAUCGUCAAACCUGGCAACAAAUGUAGGGGAAAGGGCAUAUACCUCAUGAAUAAUAUCAAAGACAUUGUCAGUCUUAUCAACGUACCAGCACAGAAGUCUCGAUACGUCGUACAAAAGUAUAUUGAAAAUCCGCUGAUUAUUUAUGGGACGAAAUUUGAUAUCCGCCAAUGGUUUCUGAUCACGAACUGCCAGCCGCUAACUAUUUGGGUCUACAAAGAUAGCUACCUAAGGUUCAGCUCGCAGAUGUUCAGCCUUUCGAACUAUCAUGAAUCAGUUCAUCUCACGAACAACGCUGUACAAACAAAAUACAAAAAUUGCGAACGAGAUAAAGCACUGCCAGAUGAAAAUAUGUGGGACUGCCACACAUUCAAAGCGUACUUGAGACAGAUAGGUAAAUACGAAAUGUGGGACACGAAGAUUUACCCGGAAAUCAAACAAUCCUUGGUAGGAGCGAUGCUAGCUUGCCAGGAGGCGAUGGAUAAGAGGCAGAACAGCUUCGAAUUGUAUGGGGCCGAUUUCAUGCUUACUGAAGAUUUCACACCAUGGCUCAUAGAAAUAAAUUCGAGCCCAGAUUUGGCACCAACGACUUCCGUUACGGCUCGUCUUUGCCCACAAUGUCUGGAAGAUGUCGUAAAAGUGGUUUUGGAUCGUCGACAAAAUCCUGAUGCAGAUGUAGGGACGUUUGAGCUAGUUUACAAGCAAGUAAUUCCAAAGGCACCCGCGUAUCUCGGUCUGUCUCUUUGCAUCAAUGGCAAACGUAUCGUCAAUAAGAAACCAAAGGAGAAGAAGCAAGAAUUAAAAAGUGCUACCCCUACGAUUUCUCAAGUUUCAUCCGGUGCGACGCCUGUACACGAUGACAUGCCAGUGCCUAAUGAGUACAACGGACCUAUCAUAACUGAUUUCCUAUCCUGGCUCAACCCUUACGAUAAUUUACUGGCCGAUAAGGAUGGCAUUGUGCUCGGGCCGACGGUAUCCUUCACGGUACGACCGGCCGUUUCAGUGGUAAAAUGUAGUUCAAGUAAUAAAAGUAGCCUUAAAAAGCGUAAAACGUUCGCGCUAUCUUCUAGGACUCAAGGAAGACGAGAAAAAAGCUCAGAUUAUAAGCGACGCAUCGUACCGCACUCCUGCUGCCAGUCAGAGGAAAAUAAAAAUCAAAUCCAAUCCGUCAAAUACAGGACUGAGUCAGCGAGAAAAAUUGCAAAACCUAAUAUCGAUAGAUCUGUAGGUAACAAACGUUGUUACAUAGACCCCUUAGAAUGGGAACGUGAAACCGCUAGUAUUUUACGUUCCACGAUAUCCGUUCAGAACAAACUGACUAGUAAAUCUGAUACUGUUAUACGGCAGACUAGGUCAGGAAUAGUCAAUACAAGUAUGCGUAAACCUCUGCUAGAACCGUUGAGUUCCCGGGGUCCUAUAGAUGACGCCAUUAAAAAGCUAAGGGCCGUAGGUAAAGGUAUAUCGAACUUAAAUCAAAAGAAUCCAACGGAGAGUAGAAAACACAAAUCUGUAGUAUUUUCAGGCCUCGCUCCUCCCACAGCAGCUGAGUACACGCCGUUAAGAAUGGCUGUAACACCGAUAGGGGACAAGAUAAUAUUAUAGUCUGUCCUAGAGCAGUAUCGUAUGACUUGUAUUUUAGAAUUUUGUGGCUAUUUUUUUCCAAAAAGUGUUCAAAAAUUACAUACUUAUAUUUUUAUGCCUUUAAUAAACUUAAGAAAUAGUUAUUUCAUAAUAUACUUAAUAUUGUGGUAGUCCCUAGUUGCUAUAUACUUAGCUGUUAAUUAGUUACUUGUUAUUAAAUUCA